UCGUUUUGAAUACCAUCACGAAAGUCAUUGGAGUGGAUCAUGUGAUACGAGAACAACAUCGCUGCUAGUUGUGGAAACGAAAAAAGUAUUAACCUCAAGGAAGAAACUAACUUAACAACAUUCAAAUGGCAUCAUUCGAAGAAGAAGAAAACUUUGGUGCAAGUGGAAGCUACAGUGUAGUUGGUUCCUUUCCAAAAGAUUACGAUUAUGCACCAGAUGAAAGAGAGGAUCAUGGGAACCACCAAGAAGAACUGAAGCCAAAGAUAUUGUUAAUGGGUAUGAGAAGGAGUGGAAAGUCAUCAAUUCUGAAAGUGGUAUUUCAUAAAAUGUCUCCAAAUGAAACACUUUUUCUUGAAAGCACAACAAAAAUAAUAAAAGAUGACAUAUCUAAUAGCUCUUUUGUCCAAUUUAGGAUAUGGGAUUUUCCAGGCCAAAUUGAUUUCUUUGAUUCAGCUUUUGAUUCUGAGCAAAUAUUUGGUGGAUGUGGUUCACUGGUUUUUGUAAUCGAUGCUCAGGAUGACUACAUGGAUGCAUUAGCAAAGCUUCAUAUGACAGUCACAAGAGCCUACAGGGUGAACCCAAAUAUCCAAUUUGAAGUUUUCAUUCACAAAGUAGAUGGUCUCACAGAUGAUCACAAGAUAGAAACUCAAAGAGAUAUCCAUCAAAGGACAACAGAUGAGCUACAGGAAGCUGGCCUUGAAAAGCUGCAGUUAAGCUUUUACCUCACAAGUAUUUAUGAUCACUCUGUAUUUGAGGCAUUUAGUAAAGUUGUGCAAAAGCUGGUUCCACAACUUCCGGCUCUGGAAAACCUUCUCGACAUCCUAAUACAGCAUUCAGGCAUCGAGAAAGCUUUCCUCUUCGAUGUUGUCUCUAAGAUAUACAUUGCAACAGAUAGUUCGCCUGUUGAUAUGCAGUCAUACGAACUAUGUUGCGACAUGAUUGACGUUGUGAUCGAUAUCUCUUGUAUAUACGGUUGCAUGGGUUUUUGCAGGAUGAGGGAAGACGGAGAAUUGAACGCAUACGACAAUGAAUCGGCAUCUGUCAUUAGAUUGAAUAAUUCCACUGUUUUAUACUUAAGGGAAGUAAACAGGUAUCUUGCUCUUGUUUGCAUUCUACGCGAAGAUAAUUUUGAACGACACGGACUGAUUGACUAUAACUUUCACCGUUUCAAACAAGCCAUACAAGAGAUAUUUGAAUUACGUCAUCAAGCACGUGACGCCAAUACUAGCAACCGGAUCACGCAGAAUGGAAUGCAUGGAAGACUUGAUAGAACUGAACCUUCAAUAGUUGUAUAAAUGUUGUAUAUCGAUUAAUUUUGCAUAUUAUUUGAGCCAGCACUGUUUAGAGAUAACUAAUUGUAUAAUUUGAUAACAUAAUCAAUAAUCCUUUGCAUUUACAAUUGAAAUUCAUUUCUUAUUGUUUUUGCUUUGCAGCAUAUGGUAGUACUUUUUCUAACAUUAAACACAAAACUACGAGAUUAUAUUUUAGAGCAGGUAUAUUUGAAAUAAGUAAUUCAGUGAAACACUCAUUAACCAAGCAGCUAAAUAUGCUGAGAGACAACUUCUCUGCAGUCGCAUAGCUUGACCUUCAAAACUAGAAGCUGGAGGAUCAUCAAGAGUAAAAUUUACUGACGAAAACAUAGAUUAAGAAAAAUUUAGGUGUUUUUUCACCCACUGAUUGUUUUACUGAAAAAUGAUUUUGGGGACCAACUGAAGAUUUACCGAUCAAUUCGUGAAGCAUUUGGGAGGUGUCACACUCCUCCAAACCCCUGCUAGCUACGUCCUUGCUUUUAUUUUUUGCUAUGCUGCAAAUCAAGAUUUGUAAUGUGUUUUUUGUUUCAAAAGGUAUAUAUUAUUUUGAAUUAGUUUAUAUGUUAUAGCUCUAGAAAAUUAUGUUAAAAGGGAAAAACAUGCCAGAUUUCUUCAUGUUGUCA